AUGUCAGUAAGAAAUCGUACGGCACCCGGUCUCGACAGAAUAAGACCAGAACACCUGACGAGCCUUCCGCCAGUACCCAUCAACACCCUGGCGAGGCUCUUUACACGUUAUCUGUCGGAAUGCAAGGUUCCUAAACAGUGGAAGACCAGCAAGACCGUGUUGCUGUAUAAAAAGGGAGAUCCACAUGACAUCGGCAACUAUCGCCCAAUCUGCCUACUGUCCAUCAUCUACAAGCUCUUUACAAGAGUAAUCCUUAAUAGGAUUGAAAAAGUCUUGGAUGAAGGACAGCCAUGCGAGCAAGCAGGGUUUCGAAAAGGAUUCAGCACGAUUGACCACAUUCACACUGUUUCGAAACUCAUCGAGGUAUCACGAGAGUAUAAGAUGCCGCUCUGUCUCACCUUCAUCGACUUAAAGAAGGCCUUCGAUUGCCUUGGACAACCAAGGCGUCCCUAUUUAGUACAUAAAGCCACCCUCGAGAACGCAAUGCGAAAGUUGGAAUGGGACGACAUGGGAGUUAAGGUUGAUGGUCGGCAGCUACACCAUUUGCGGUUUGGUUAUGACAUUGUACUGAUAACACCUAGCGUCAGCCAAGCGGAACGAAUGGUGAUAGAAUUCGACGAAACAUGUGGAUGCAUCGGUCUUCAGCUGAAUCUACAAAAGACGAUGUUUAUGCGGAACGGAUAG